CUAUUUUAUGCAGAGUUGGCUUUUAUUCACUUCCUGUUCUUCUUUUUAUUACAAAACAAAAAAAAAACACGCAGAUAUUUAGCAAUCAUGGGAUGUGAUGGAGGAACGAUUCCCACUCGUGAUGAGCUCGUCCGUAUGAAACAAAAGCCUGAAAAGAAAGACAGAACUGCUGAUCUUGCAGCCAAAUGGAAGCACUGUGCCAUCUCUCAGGAGCCACUCAGGGAACCGGUGAUGGCGUGUGAACUUGGAAGACUCUACAACAAGGAGUGUGCCCUGGAGUUUCUGAUCGACCGGUCAAAGUUUGAGUGUGCACCCAGCUUUGAGUAUCUCCGGGGUCUUAAGGACCUGAAGCAGUUGAACUUGACAGGGAAUCGUAGCUACGCAAGGCCAAAAUCAGACAAAGGAGAUGGCUAUGUGGACAAUCAGGACUCCAAAUUUAUCUGCCCAGUCGUUGGCUUAGAGAUGAAUGGAAUGCACAAGUUUAUGUACCUUUGGGGCUGUGGAUGUGUGCUGUCAGAGAGAGCUAUCAAAGAGGUCAAGGGAGACAACUGCCACAAGUGUGGUAAGCCAUUCCAAGAGGGCGAUGUGAUUGUGUUGAAUGGUACAGAGGAGGAAGUGGACCAGUUGAGAUCUCGCAUGGAGGAGAGACGUCUUCAGCAGAAACUGGAGAAGAAAGCCAAAAAGGCCAAGAAACAUAAAGCAGAGACAGCUACCUCAGAUUCUGCAGCAGAAUGUGGCCCCAGCACCAGCAAACAGGCCAGAUUAGAGCAACCAGUCAAUGGAGAUACAAAAUUGACCAAUGGUAGCAAAGUGUCAAAGGUUGUUGCCAAUGACAACAAGAAAUUGACCAAUGGCAGCAAAGGUUCUAAAACCCUAGCCAAUGGGACUACAGUCAGAAAUCCAUUGCUUGCAACUGCAGAUCUGCCCACUACAUCUAGCAGUAUUCAGAAGGACCCCAAAAGCAGUGCAGCUUAUAAAAACCUGUUUACGUCAUGUGACAGAGCUAAAAGGCAGAUGAAAGGUCAUUGGGUUACAUCCAACCCUUACUGGAUGUAAAAUUGGUUACUAUCAUCCAUUACUGAAUCAAAACUACAGUGUAUGUUAUAUUCAAGCCUUAUUGGUUACGGCUGUACUGUCAUCUAUAAUGACCAGUGGCAUUUGGCAUAAUUUUGAAGAAGAGAUGCUUAUUAUAAUAGAUACUUAACAUGUACAUAUAUGUGGGUUAAGAACCAUUGUGGUUUUGUUUUUAAGUGAUGUAAAUAAUUGUAAUGGAUAUUUGUCUUAUUCUUGUAAAUUCUUAAAUGAUUUUGUGCAUAUUUCCUUUAUUGUAAUAAAACAGUCAUACAAUU